GUCAGAUAACCCUAAAAAUUAUAAUAAAAGAACAGAAUCAAAUAUAUUUUUCCUUUAAAGAGUCGUUCAUAGACAGACAACAACAGUCAGCCGAAACAAAAAUAUCCAUUGUCGGUUGGCGAAGAACAUUUCAGUUAUUUCACUAAAGUAUUUCUAAAGAUAUGAAAACAAUUGCUCCAUGUCUUCGUCUCCAAAUAGUUUGCCAAAUUCUGACAUUAGUUGUUGCUUUCCUAUAAGUCACUUCUUUCAACGGUUGCUGAAACGAAGAACCAUAUCAAUUCCUAUUGUUCGUGUGCAAGAAGCAACUCCUCGCAAUUCGUCUGUAGCUUAUGAACAGCAUCAUAGAAAAACAACACCCUCUUCUUCUUCGUCUACAAAAUAUUAAUGCACUCAUUCGUCUAUAAAAGGAUGAACGUUACUUUUACAACUGGAGAGGCUUCUUAUAUAACCCAUCCUGCACAGUGAGUGUUUUGUGAAUCUUUAUUAGCGUGCAUCAUUUCACUUUCGUUGCUUCACAUUUAGUACUUUCAGGUUCCAUUUUGGGUGACUCUUCCUUUGGUACCCGAGUGAUUUACAUUCACUUUAUAACAGCAAGUCGGAAUCUUUUUAUUUUUAUUUUUGAAAGAAUUUCGAUCUAACUUAUUUAUUUAUUUAUUUUUUUGUCUAAUUAUUCAAUGUUUCAUACGUUCCUACAUAUUUGACUGCUCCUACUCAUAUGCCAUAUGAUGACACUACUUCCUUCCUGUUUAUAAAAUCAAAAAUAAUACCUGGCAACAGUUGUCCAAAGUAUCUUAAA